AUGUCUGAUUUCGGUUCUCAAUUACAAUCAACCUUGAAAGGUUUAGACAACGUGAGAGGUUUUUACUUCUUUUUAAUCUUUUUAAACAUUGGUGGUGUUGGUCAAUUAUUAUCAAACAUUGCUGGUUUUGUUAUUCCAGGUUAUUACUCAUUAGUUGCUUUAAACACUGCAACUUCAAAAGAUGAUACUCAAUUAUUAACUUAUUGGGUUGUUUUCGCUUUCUUAAAUGUUAUUGAAUUUUGGUCAAAAGCUAUCUUGUACUGGAUUCCAUUCUAUUGGUUCUUCAAAACUAUUGGUUUAUUAUACUUAGCUUUACCACAAUUUGGUGGUGCUGAAGUUGUUUACAGAGUUGUUAUUAAACCAAUCUCUGAUCAAUAUAUUACUGGUGGUUCAACUGGUUCAAAAAUUUCAAACGCUGUUGAUGAUGCUGCUGAAGGUAUCUCAUCUGGAUACUCUAAAUAA